GAUGUAGCUGUUUAAGAAAAGAACAAAAAGCUGCAAGAUUGUGAGAUUCUGCAAACAACAUGGCAACAUGCAUAUUCCGAUGGUGAUGGACUGUGACUAAGAGUUGCAGAAAUCUAGUGCAGUGACCAACUAGAGCAGUAAGGAAGUGGUUACAAAGGAUAAUACAGUAUAAAGUGCUCCAAUAAGACUGUGCUUUUCAACUGCAGUCCGCGGGGACCAGCAAUUUGAGCUUGGUUCAAUCAAAUAAUUAUCCCUGAACUGUAUUAUACUUCAAACGUUUCCAGUGUGCUUCUUACUUGGUGAAAACAGAACAUGGCUGCUGCUUAAAAAAAAUGCAACAACAGGUCAAAUAUGCCUGAACUGGGCUGUGAGCUACACAGCAGUUGUCUUAACCAGAUUAAAGAGCCUUACUGUGAUGUCGUUGAGGGUUUAAUAGGAAGAGCAAAGUGGGCGGCCCAAAGAAAAACUGUAGAAGGAAGGAAGGGUGGUGAAGUGAACAGAAGAGCUUCAAGUGGGGGGAGUGAGAGCAGACAAGGAAUAGCCAGGAGAGUGGCUGCUAACAGGGAGAGCCUGAAAGAGCUUGACGCUUAACUUAUUAAACAUGGGAUGUAAGGUGUUCAUUAUGCAGUGUUUUGUGGGCUUCUGGGACUAUGAGACCCCAAAGAUCAUGGUGGUUAAAAAUAUGACCCUGGGAAUAAUCUACAGAAUCGUACAGCUUCUCAUUGUCACCUACUUCACUUGGUAUGUAUUUAUCAGUCAGAAGGCCUACCAAGAGAGUGAAACUGGACCUGAGAGUUUUAUCUACACCAAGAUGGAAGGUGCUGCCAUCUCUGGAGAUACCGUGCAGGACACUGUGGAGUAUUCAAGGCCACCUGAGGGUGGUGAUGUUAUCAGUGCAAUUCUACGGAAGGAAGUAACGCCAAACCAGAAACAAGGGGUAUGUGCAGAGCACUUUGCUGUUCCAAAGGCUAAUUGCACAAAGGACUCUGACUGCAUCCCUGGGAGAACGGACAUGAGUGGCAAUGGGCAGAGGACAGGAAGGUGUGUGCAGUACUACAAUUUCACCUUCAAGACCUGUGAAAUCAAAUCCUGGUGUCCAAUUGAGGAGUUUGCAGCUAUCCGUGAACUAGAACUGAAAGAGGCCAUCAAUUUCACUGUUUUAAUUAAGAACACCAUCCAUUUCCCCAAGUUCCGAGUUGCAAAGUCGAAUGUGAUGCGAAAGAGGAGCAAAUAUUACCUGCAGUCUUGUCAUUACAACGAAGUGACUGAUAUCUACUGUCCAAACUUCAAACUGGGAUAUAUUGCCGAGCAGGCGGGGGAGAAGUUCUCUGAACUCUGCAAGACUGGUGGGGUAAUUGGUGUGUUCAUCAACUGGAACUGCAAUCUGGACCUGGACCCUUCUGAGUGUAAGCCAAAAUACUCUUUUAGACGGCUGGACCUGCGCAAGAACCAUGCCUCCUCAGGCUACAAUUACAGGUUUGCGAAGUACUACAGUGAAAAUGGAACUGAGGUUAGAACCAUGAUUAAAGCCUUUGGGAUGCGGAUUGAUGUCAUUGUUCAUGGUCAGGCAGGAAAAUUCAGCAUCAUCCCCACAAUUAUCAACAUGGUCACAGCCUUGACAUCAGUGGGAAUCGUCUCGUUUCUCUGCGAUUGGAUUCUGCUGACAUUUAUUGACAAAGAUGAGGUGUACAGUGAGAAAAAGUUUGAUGAGAUCUGCAAACACUCAAGCCAUACCCCAGAUAUGGAUAUCACCAUGUUCGUACUAAGGACUGGUGGGAUACAUACCUCCUUGAGUAGUCCAGAGUCAUCUUCUCCUACAAGCCUGCACAGGAUACUUCCCAGAAUUCCCUCCAGAGAAUCUGGAAAGGACUGAAUUAGGUGGGUCACUCUCUCAAAGACACCAAAUAAACGUAGCUCUUCACAGGCUAGGGUCAUCCAUAAAGGGCUCAGUGAGCUGCGCUUUGACAAAAGCAGUUCCAAUUGCCUAGAACUCAACCGCUGGAAUGGCAAAGUGGAGAGAAUGAGAGAAGCCUGCUCAUCAUGUUUAAGUUUAUCCCAGGAACGUGAUUACCAGUUAGAGAUUCCUUUUAAUAGAUGGAUUUACAACACUGCAUAUUGAGCUGCAGUGCCAAUCAUUUUUGACAGUACAUUCCUCUAAAGCCUGACAGUCAAGGAGUGUUGACUAUCUUUUUUUUUUAACCUUUUUCUGCAUUUAACACCUCUCCGUCUAAUGCAAAACAAACAUCACAGGAUGACUGUCAAAGAAAGAAGCAUGUGAUUUUAAUGUUCACCUGUUUGGAGGCCUAUUAGAAUAAAAACAAGGUUUGGAAUGAAAAUGUAAAUAGACUGGAAAUGGUAUAGAGUUUGUUGGCACUUUCUCCAUAAAGAUGCAAACUGCACCACUUUCCCAGGUCUCUGCAGGAAUGCAGAAUUAAUUAGAGGUUCAUUUGACUCAUGUGGUGCUCAAAUAUAAGAAGUGCAAAGCUAAUGAGAAAACCUUGUCUUGGUAGGGGAAUAAACUGUGUUGAUAGUUUUCAUUUGUACAGCCUUUUACUUUUUCAGAAAAUAUCACUUAUUGCAGCUUGCCAUAAAACAUUUGAUAUAAAGACUUUACGGUGAUGUAUAAUAAGUAACAGCACUCCCUUACUUGAACUGUUUGCACUGAACACCAGCAAAACCAAGGAGCUGGUGGUAGAUUUUAGGAGGCCCAGGCCCUUUCCUGGACCCCGUGAUCAUCAGAGGUGACUGUGUGCAGAGGGUGCAAACCUAUUAUAAAUACCUGGGAGCGCAGCUGGAUGAUAAAUUGGACUGGACUGCCAAUACUGAUGCUCUGUGCAAGAGAGGACAGAGCCGACUAUACUUACUUAGAAGGCUGGCGUCCUUCAACAUCUGCAAUAAGAUGCUGCAGAUAUUCUAUCAGAUGGUUGUGGUGAGUGCCCUCUUCUACGCAGUGGUGUGCUGGGGAGGCAGCAUAAAGAAAAAGGACACCUCACGCUUGGACAAACUGGUGAGGAAGGCAGGCUAUAUUGUAGGCACGGAGCUGGACAGUUUGACAUCCGUGGCAGAGCGACGGGCGCUGAGCAGGCUCCUGUCAAUCAUGGAGAAUCCACUGCAUCCACUAAACAGGAUCAUCUCCAGACAGAGGAGCAGCUUCAGCGACAGACUGCUGUCAAUGUCCUGUUCCACUGACAGACUGAGGAGAUCGUUCCUCCCCCACACUAUGCAACUCUUCAAUUCCACCCGGGGGGGUAAACAUUAACAUUA